GACUGGGUUCGAAACGAAACCGAGCGCGUCAUGGGGUUCCCGGAGCCGGAGCCGGAGCCGAAGGGGCUCGUGGCCAUGCAGCAACAGCAAGAGCCAGCCAGAGCCAGUGGUGGAUCGAUUGCUUCGCGAAACAAAAGCAAAGGCUCGCCAUGCCAACAAGGUUUGGUUGCUCACGGAUCAGUUGCUUCGCCGGGUAAGAGGAAGGGCUCACCCCGCCAACAAGAUUAUGUUGCAGAUGGAUCGGUUGAUUUACGGACUGACAUAAAUCGCACACCCCGCCAAGAAGAUGAAAGUUCUCAGGGUGGUCCAGCAAAGGACUAUUCAGGGCCACACGGCCCACACCUUCCAGAGGACAUCUGGUGUCAUAUACAUUCCCUAAUGCCACUCCGAGAUGCCGCCCGGGCUGCUUGUGUGUCUCGUGCCUUCAAAUUCUCCUGGAGAUGCUAUCCCAAGCUCACUUUCAGUGAAGAAACAUUGGGUUUGGAUGGACAUGUGAAUCGAAACGCUGAUGCAAGAGCUUUUACUACCAAAGUUGACCAUAUUCUUGAGAAGCACUCAGGCGUUGGCAUAAAGACACUGGAGCUUCUAGGAGCUCUAGAUUACAAUGCCAAAGACCGUUCGUAUCUUGACAAAUGGCUUCAAAUGGCAAUUACACCAGUACUUGAGGAACUUUGGCUCUAUUUAUCUUCAGUAAAUAACAAGUACGAAUUCCCAUGCUUAAUUCUAUCACAUGGGAAUGCAGCCUCGCUUCGACGUCUUCACCUUUCAAAAUGUACCUUUCGUCCCACAGUUGGCCUUGGUUGCUUGAGAAGCCUGACAAUAUUAAGUCUACUCCAAGUGCGCAUUACAGGUGAUGAGUUAGGUUCCCUUCUUUCUAGUUCUUUUGCUUUGGAGCGAUUGGAACUCAGGCAUUGCGAGAAAAUAAGUUGCUUGGCGAUACCUUGCCUUCUUCUGAGGCUCAACUACCUGGAGGUGUUAUAUUGCAAGAACCUGCGAAUCAUAGAGAACAAAGCUCCAAAUCUCACCCAUUUUACAUUAGUGGAAUGUAAAUCCCUGCAGGUACAACUGUCACAUCUAGCAUCAUCUCAAAUGAAGAGUGUAUGCAUGGAUUGUCCUGGCGUUAUUGGUUAUAUUCGUGCUAAGCUUGCAUCAAGCAUGCCAAACCUUCAAUCCCUUCUCAUAUAUUCAUCCGAGAUGGUUGACGCACCAAUGUCCAGCAAAUUUCUCCACCUCAAGUAUUUGAAUAUAAUUCUCAGGAGAGGGACCUUUUCCCUAAGCUAUGAUUAUCUCUCUCUGGCAUCUUUCUUGGGCGCUUCCCCUUCCUUGGAGACCUUCAUCUUGGAUGUAUGGGAACCACGCAUGGAGCAUGUCUCAGCUUCCACGGAUCUCUCGGAGCCAAGGGAGAUGCCUGGACACAACCAUGGCAAGCUCAAGAACGUGAGGAUCGACGGCUUCUACUCCACGAAGAGCUUGAUUGAGCUGGCAUGCCAUAUCGUUCACAUCGCAACCUCGCUCGAGUCGCUUAUAUUGGACACCCGAGAUAGGCCAAGGGAAAUCUUCUACUUUGGUACGCGAAGGGAAAAUAUUCUUAAAUCCCGUAGAGCACUUGUGGCUAUCCAAACUUACAUCAGGCCGAAGGUUCCAUCCACAGUUCAGUUUCUUGUUCUGGAGCCUUGUAACUGAUGCCUGAUGCCAUGUUGUAGAUGAUCAUUGGAGGUAGCCAUCAUCAUUUUCUCAAAUUUAUCAGAAUUUCUCAUUGUUUAG